CACCAACCGGGGCAGAGAGUUCCACUGCUGAACAGCUCUCACAAUCAGGAAGAUCUUCCUCAUGUCUCUCUCCUGAGGAGGAAAGGAGGAGGAGGAGGAGGAGGAGGCCCUCACUCCGUCUUCAUUCAGAGGAAGGAGGGAAAAGGGAAGAGGUUGGAAAAGGAGGAAGGCUGGAGAAAGUGCCUUCUGUCAGGAAGGGGUCCCCACUUUUCCAGGGUGGCAAGAACAACACUCGCUUUUUAAAAAUAGGAAAUCCAAGGAGGAUUUCCCCCUCCCUUUAUUGUUUAGCUCAUCCAUCUUGUUAACUCACAGCUGGAGCCACAACUUCACAAGGGCAAAGAAUAACCUGCUCUCUUCUGCUUCUUCAUUCUGGACUGCCAAGGACAUUAAUUUAUUGUUUCCCUGGUACUGAGAUACUCUGCUCUGCCAACCUCUCAAUUUCUGAGCCCCUUGGAGUUGCACCGUCAUCUCUUCUGACUUCAAAAGCACCGAAACAGCCAUGGGCUGCUUCUGUGCUGUCCCAGAGGAAUUUUAUUGUGAAGUUCUGCUUCUGGAUGAAUCCAAAUUGACCUUAACUACCCAGCAGCAGGGGAUAAAGAAGUCAACGAAAGGGUCGGUUGUCCUGGGCUACGUAUUCCGGCAUUUAAACCUUGUGGAGAUAGAUUACUUUGGACUGCGUUAUUGUGACAGAAGUCACCAGACGUUUUGGCUGGAUCCUGCAAAAACCCUUACAGAACACAAGGAACUAAUAAAUACUGGUCCACCUUAUACUCUGUACUUUGGUGUUAAAUUUUAUGCAGAAGAUCCAUGCAGACUAAAGGAAGAAAUCACCAGGUAUCAGUAUUUUUUACAGGUGAAGCAAGAUGUCCUGCAAGGGCGCUUGCCCUGUCCCAUCAACGUUGCUGCCCAGCUGGGAUCCUAUGCAAUACAGUCUGAGCUUGGAGACUAUGACCCAUACAAGCACACUGCAGGUUAUGUUUCAGAAUACCGGUUUGUUCCAGAUCAGAAGGAAGAACUGGAAGAUUCCAUAGAACGGAUACAUAAAACACUCAUGGGUCAAGUUCCUGCUGAGGCAGAACUGAAUUACCUAGGUGUGGCAAAGACGCUUGAAAUGUAUGGAGUUGAUCUUCAUCCUGUCUAUGGUGAAAAUAAAUCUGAAUAUUUUCUAGGAUUAACUCCUGUAGGAGUGGUUGUGUACAAGAACAAAAAGCAAGUAGGAAAAUAUUUUUGGCCUAGAAUUACAAAGGUCCACUUCAAGGAAUCUCAAUUUGAACUCAGAGUUUUGGGAAAAGAUUGUAAUGAAACUUCCUUCUUUUUUGAAGCACACAGCAAAACUGCCUGCAAACAUUUGUGGAAAUGUUGUGUAGAACAGCACACAUUCUUCAGAAUACCGGAAAAUGAAUCCAAUUCUCUCUCAAGAAAACUUGGCAAACUUGGAUCUCUAGGAUAUAAGCAUCGGUACAGUGGAAGAACAGCUUUACACUUGAACAGAGAUCUUUCCAUCCAGCUUCCUCGACCUAACCAAACAGUUGAAAGAAGUCGUAGUAAGACCUAUCCAAAAAGAACAUCCAAAACACAACCAAUUGAAUCCCAUUGUACAAACCAGGUUAUAACACACAAAGAUAUUGGGGAAAAUGGAGGAACUACCAAAAUUAUUGCUCCUUCACCAAUAAAAAGUUUUAAAAAGUCAAGAAAUGAAAGUAGUCCAGAAACCCAAAGAAGCAAAACCAGUGCACCAUGGGAAGAAAAUUGCCCACAGAGUGGACUUUAUAAUUCUCCCAGUGAUCGCAACAGAUCACCAAAGUUUCCUUAUUCACGACGAAGACAUCCUUCAGGAGGAAGUGAAAAUGAUCCUGGGCAGCCAUUUAGAAGAAGAUCUCGAUCCCGUUGUAACACCAGCAGCGGUAGUGAGUCAGAAAACUCUAACAGAGAACAUCGGAAGAAAAGACAUAGAUUACGGCAAGAAAAUGACAUGGUUGAUUCAGCUCCUCAGUGGGAAGCAGUACAGAGGCGGCAAAAGGAGAAAAGCCAGACAGAUCCCAAUCACCGACGCUCAAAGCAUAGAUCUCGAUCGAGGAGUCCAGAUGUGCAAGCAAAGGAAGAAUUAUGGAGACACAUUCAAAAAGAACUUGUGGAUCCAUCUGGUCUAUCUGAGGAACAAUUAAGAGAGAUUCCAUAUACCAAAAUAGAGACACAAGGUGACCCUGUUCGCAUUCGACACUCCCAUUCGCCUCGAAGCUAUCGGCAAUAUCGACGGUCGCAGUGCUCUGAUGGAGAAAGAUCUGUUUUGUCAGAAGUGAACUCAAAAACAGACCUUGUACCUCCGUUACCUGUAACCCGUUCCUCAGAUGCUCAGUGCCUGACAACCACAGUAGUUCAGCAGAGGUGCAGUGGAUCUAAAGACAGCCUAAUAGAAGAAAAAGCACAAACAUCGACCAGCAACCUGGAUGGAAAGCACAGUAGCAAGACAAUAAAAAUUGUACAAGUAUCGCGGCUCAAGAUAGAGAGUUGAUCCCACAACAGAGAACUGUGGAUGCUGUUUCUUGAAUGUACAAAUAGCAAAAAACUUAAAACUCUACUUUCUGGAAAGAUGGGGACUGAAUGCAGGCCUAAAGGAAAUCCAUCAUAUGCCCUCUGAAAUAAUCUUCAAGACAUUUGGGAUCCUUUGGCUUGAUAUUUCUGGAGGCAAUUGUAAGAAGACGAGCUUUUGAACAAAAACGCUUUAUUGAACUGCAACAGCUACCAACUAUUCAAGUUCCAGAUGACAAAUGGACAGUGCCCCAUAUGAUGGAAUUAUUUGACAGCAGAAGUGGCAGUAUCAAUAAAGUGAAGGGGGUUUGUGCAUUCGCCAAAUGUGCAAUAAGUGUUCUCCAGUACAAGAGUACAAUGCCUACACUUGCCAGUUACAUACUGUCUUUGUGCUUAAGUGUGAAUUUUUUUAUAAGAACUUUACUGGAUCUCUUGCAUUUGCUACAUUCAUCACAGACUGUAUUGUUACUGGAAAAGACUGUUACAGAUUUUGUCUUUUAAAAUUUUCAGUGAACCAUUGUACAAGUGAUGAUUUUCUCUAUAAUUAGUAUAACUGCCAAAGCUCUUAGGAUGUGUGCCGCAGCAGUAGAUCCGUAAGCAUCAAAGUAUGAUAGACAUAAGUGAGUGUUUGAAAGUUGAAGCAGUAUGUAUAACAUCCUGAAAACUUGCCUAAGUAGUGAUCCUUGCGUUGGCAUCGUUAGUCCUUCUAAAGUUGUCACAGAAGCCACCCCCCUCCCCCAUUUUAUCAUGUCAGAAGCGACUAGAUACUGCAAGUCGCUUCUGGUGUGAGUGGUCAUCUGCAGAGACGUUGCCCAGAGCAGAUGCCCAGAAGCCACCUGAAAUUACCAGUAUUUCAGAUGGGAGACAUCUACACUGUAGAAUUAAUGCUGUUUGACAUUUUAACUGCAAUAACUAAGUGCUAAGGAAUCAUGAGAUUUGCAGUUUGUGAGGCACCAGAACUCCUUGGCAGAGGCGGCUACAAGAUACUGUCAAUCUAUAACUCCUAUGAUUCCAUAGUAUUGAGCCAUGGUCACAAUAUUUUGAAUUUAUCCUACCAUCCAUACCUUGAAUGCAGUGGAGAACACAGGGUAGUUUAGAUCUGGAUCAUCAUAGUAAAACAAAACCACUAGCAUAUCUAUAAGAAAUGACAAAUGUGAGUACGAGGCAGAGGAGGCAAUUUCAAGAUGGCUCUUAUACCUCAUCAUGAAUCCAACCAUACUGUAAUUCAGAGGUGUUCAAGGUGUGACCAAAGAGCUGUUUUAGUGGUCUCCAACAAUUAUUUUUCAUUUAGUUUGCUUCAAACAGUACUACAGGUGUGGGAGGUUUUUCUACAUUUUUUGUGGGAAGUGGCAAGACCAAUUUAGUCUAAGGAGAAACCAGUGUGACUCCUUAGCCAUCCACCUCUGCUGUAGUGUGUUUAAUGUGGCUUUGCCUUCCUUCUAAUAGAUUUUUGUUGAUUUUUUAACAUUAGAUCAUUUGUGAAGGAAAAAGCACUUCGAGAUUGCAUCCAGAAAUUCUUUAUUUCAAAAAAGUAUAAAAUCACUCGAUGGUUUUUUUUUUUUGUUAUUCCUAUGAGCCACAGGCAUAACAAUGGAAUUGUCUGAUAAUAGCUGGAGACAUGUUGCCCCAGGCCCUUUUGUCACAAGCUCUUCAUUCGCACUUAAGUGUUUUUUAACAUUUCACUUGACUGCACAGACAUCUGCAAACAUGUUGCCUGAACAGAUUAGUGUGAAAACAAGCUGUCAUGUUGCCUAAACAUUUAUGGCUGUGAAGCAAGCAAACACAAACUAUGUAGGUCAUUUUUCAGCCUUCACUGGGAUGGGAGAUAGGAAGGCACAGUAUUCUUCUAGCCUUACCUGCCAGCUCAUUCAUAUUCCAAGCAUUUGUUUUACUUGUUUGCUCGAACACAGGCCAACAGAACCAUAACUCUACCCAUCAAAAGAAACAAAUGUAGUCUGUCUAUAGUAAACACAAGUGUUGCAGCUGAAGAAUAUCAGCACACAGUGCUUCCCAUACAUUCCCGCAAUGUGCAAGGAACACUGACAGUCCAGCACUACUGCUCUGCCAUCUUAGGAAAGGUGAGGGUUUGUAAAGAGGCAAAUGUAUUUCAACAUCCAAAGUUUUUGUAGGUCUGAAGUACACCCCAAUGCCUUUGUUCUGAGAAGCUUUUUCUUCAAAGAAAGAUCACUAAAUACAAUAAAAUUUGAAACUCGUGA